AUGGCCGCCCCUUUCCCGAAGUUCUUGCGGCAAGGCGGGGAUGCCACGGGCCUCGCCGUGAAUGCCCCGCAUAUCGUGCUGACGUUGAGCCCGCCGAGUUUUUCUGUGGCCAGGCGAGAAUGGUUCGCCGCGCUCUCGGAUGCAGAGCCGCGGAAAGUAUCCCAGCGCGGAGCUGAGGGUGACUUGGCGCCAGAAGCUGGGGAGAUCGCCGAGGGGAAUCGCCUCCUUUGCCCCGGGUGCGGCAGAAUGCGCAACGUGGGGAAGGGGCUCGAGAGCCAUCGAUUUGCGGGGCGCUCCAUCGGAGCCGAUCAGUGCCUCCACCACGGCUUGCCGACCACGCUCGCGAACGCAGCGGGGGCGACCCAGAGGAUGGGCGCGGUGGAGGCCGACGCUGGGCCAGGACGAGAAGAGGGGCGAGGAGAAGCCAAAGGCAUCGCGAAGCAGGACAGGCCAAUGGCGCCGCUGCUGCUCCAACGCGACGACGGCGUCCGCAGCUCAGCCGGGGGCGAGAUCUUGGUCGCCAAGUGGAGGGCCAGCCUCCAGAUGCAGUUGGCGCUGGCGGCAGGGGCCAAUCAUUGCCAGAAGACGGGCACGGGCGCCCGCGACAAGGACGAGGGGGGAAAGCGCCGCGGCAACCCACUCGGGGCAAAACCAUACGCGUACGUCCGCUUGCCGAUCUCCAGGAUGAGCGAGGCGGCGGCGGGGAAGCCAGCGGAGGCGAAGCAGGCCACCGCCAAAGGGAGCAGCCACCCGGUCGGCCCCGCGGGGCAGCUGCGGGAGGCGCUGGAAAGCGCGCAGAGGGCCGACGUCGACCUCCAGGAUUACAGGACCUACAUCAUGGGUGGACAUCCAGAGCGAGCCCAAAAGAAGGCACGGGUGGCCACCGAGGAGUAUUGCUUCGCGCAGCAAGCAGCAGUUCAGGCAAAACAGCGCCUUUCACACUUCGAGGUGCCAGACCUGCUUCGAUGGCGCCAGCCGCCACGUUUCCCGGCAUUGCGCGUGGCGACGCGCAACCUGCCCGGGCCCGAAGUGCCCGGGCAGCUAGGGGGGGCGACUGUUGGGGGCAAUCGUGGCCCCUCCUAUCACAGUAUGUCCAUCGCGGCCGACAACUCCCGGCAGAACAGCAUCGCCAGUCCUACCUGCAAGGAUUGCGGCGCGCCGCAGCCAGCCGCGCCCAAGGUCAGGAGGGGCGACGGCUUGACGCCCGCCGCGGAGAUGGCCCCGCAGUGCCCGCCCCCGCCGGCCAACCCGCCAGACCGCAGGAACUGGGCCCCGCGCGAGCUGUCAGAGCGGCUGCAGGAGCUGGACAUCCGCCCCUGGAUGCCAUUCAACCAGCCCCCGCGCCCACGCCCGCGGACCGCCGGGACCCACCCCGAAGCGCUGCUGCAGAGAGAGGCCACCGCCGCCGAAGCUCGAGGGCCAUCGCCGCCCGCCCGCCCGGCGCACGCGGGCGCGCGCGCCCCGGGCGACCAAGUUGCCGAACUCAGCGGGGGUGCCAGACUGCGCGCGAGACGCUCGGAGGCGCCCCAGAACAACAUCGCGGGCAUGGCCAUGAACGGGCCGUGGAACAGCGCCGCGGGCAACCCCGAGAUCGGCGGCUUCGUCGCCGACGCCGCGGCAACCAUGCCCACAACGACCACGGGCAUGCCUACCGUGCGCGAGCUGGCGGAGAUGCCCGUUGAAGAACCACGUAUCGGCAUUCGCAUAGGGGCCGCGGCUGCUGGCAUCCAGUGCGACGCGAUCUGCAAGCUAGUCGGCGCCAUCAGCGGCAUCCACAGUGGCCCGACCGGCCCGCAAUUCGAUAUAAACGUUGGCAAGAUCACCAGGGACAGCAUCGGCAGCGCGAGCAAAUCGGAGGCGAUGUGCGACCGCGCCGUGGACCCUCAUCGCACCGACCGCCUCGAGCAGGACCAGCUGUACAGCAUCUCUGCAUGCCCAGUGGCUGAGGGCCGCAGGGGCUUGCCUUCCCUGUCCUACGCCCGACGUGACUGCGACGAGGUCCAAAGAGAUGUCCAGGCUGGCCCGCGCUACAACCCGACGGGAGCACCAGUGCCGUUGUCAACUUCAUAUUUCCGGCAGGACAUUGCCGAGGUCGACCCAUUUGACACGAGGCACCCAGCACUGCACUCCGACACUACGUCCAUCCAGGACGGGAACGGAGAGCGCUAUCCGGGUUGCGACAGCAUGGAUUACAUCAAGGGCGCCGCCGCCCGCCCGCAGCGAGCGAUGCUCGCGCGCCUCGCCGGGCUCGGCGCCCGCGCCGCGGCCCGCCGCGUCCAGCCGUCGCCGCACGCCCGUGCUGGGCAGCGGUUCUUCUCCGAGUACGAGGGGCAGAAUGUCACCGACGACCAGCUGGUGAAGAAGUCCGACGACUGGGCCAUCGAGGAGACGAACUUUUGCCUCGGCCGGACGAGCUUCGUCCGCUUCAAGGAGACCGACGACCUUGCGCGCCGCACCAAGCACCUCAUGGACACGCAGCUCGCCAAGCAGCACACCCGCCUGCGCGACGGCACGGUCAUCCCGUACACCGCCCUGUUCCUGACCGACGUCUUGGACAAGCCAGGCCCUGUGCACAUCUUCACGGAGCAGCCGCUGCUCAAGUGGACUUGGGACGAGACGUACGACGAGGCCUACGAGAAGCCCGAGGGCGCCAAGUGA